AUGUGGAAAAUCAUGCGUGUAUGGAAAUGUGGAGGGGUGCGCUGGAUACAUCGCCAGGGCCCCUCGCACGAGCUGCUGUCACAACUUUCUUUCGAACAGCAUUACAAGAUCAGGUCUAACAUCGAGUUACUGAUACAGGACUACGCCAAGAAGCCAAUUGCGCCACUAAACUACGAGUAUUUCCUACAGUACAGACCGCCGUUGACUAAGAAAGAAGAGUAUAUGCUGACAAUUAAGACAAUCAACAUGUUGCUUUCAUUAACGUGCAAACGGCUGAAUGCCAUUCAAAGGUUACCGUACAAUGCGGUGAUCAACCCGCAUAUCGAGAGAACGAAUUCUUUAUAUCUGAAGAGCUUGCAGACGUUGUUAUCGGUCGCGUACCCGUACGAGUUGCACAAUCCGCCUAAAAUACAGGCAAAGUUCACGGAACUGCUGGACGAUCAUGAAGAUGCCAUUGUGGUAUUGGCAAAAGGGCUCCAGGAAAUCCGAUCAUGCUAUCCAAAAUUUCAAAUUUCGCAAUUUUUGAACUUCCACUUGAAAGAGAGAAUUACCAUGAAGCUGCUGGUGACGCACUAUCUGUCGUUGAUGGCACAGAACAGUGAUAGCUCCAACGAAAAGAUGAUUGGAAUUUUACAGCGUGACCUCCCAAUAGCACAAUUGAUCAAGCACGUAUCUGAUUAUGUCAACGAUAUCUGCUUUGUGAAGUUCAACACGCAACGGACUCCAGUUCUUAUUCACCCACCAUCGCAAGACAUCACAUUUACUUGCAUACCGCCCAUCUUGGAGUAUAUUAUGACAGAAGUAUUCAAGAACGCCUUUGAGGCGCAAAUAGCUCGCGGUAAGGAGCAUAUCCCUAUAGAGAUCAAUAUUCUAAAGCCGGACGAUGACGAGCUGUAUGUAAGGAUUCGGGAUCAUGGUGGUGGAAUCACACCUGAGGUAGAAGCGCUCAUGUUCAACUACUCUUACUCCACACAUGCCCAACAACCAGUCGAUGGCGAGUCUACAGAUCUCCCUGGUGAGCAAAUCAAUAACGUCUCGGGCAUGGGGUUUGGCCUACCAAUGUGCAAGACCUAUCUAGAACUAUUUGGGGGCAAGAUUGACAUCCAGAGUCUCCUUGGCUGGGGUACAGAUGUCUAUAUUAAGCUGAAAGGCCCUUCUAAGGCUGCACUACUUUCCCAACACAAAUAG